AUGUGUGAUGAAGAAGCCUAUAAAAUAAUCACAUGUGAAAUGGAUGAUCCAAAAUUUGUUUUAACGACAUUAAAUGUGUCGUCAAUACCAAUUUUCCCACCAUAUUCAAUUAUCGAAAAAAACGUAAUUGUAUAUCCAAACAAAGAACCUGCAACGAUUGUUGAUGGGAUUGAAGUACAAAUUUUUCGUGAAUAUGCUAAUCGAUAUAACAUUAUAUUAAAUUUUACAAUUAACGAAAAUGCAUGGGGCAAAAUAUAUACAAAUCGCACAGGUGACGGUGUAUAUGCCGAUGUAAUAGAAAGUAGAUUUAAUGCUGCUAUAGGAGCAAUGACUUUUUCGGCAAGGGCUGUUGAAUUCGUUGAAUAUGCAAAUGCGGAAAUUGAUAGUCGUAUCAUUUGUCUUGUGCCAAUCCCUAGGAAUGUAAAUAAAUUUCUACUUGUGUUUUUCCCGUUUACUUUAUCAUUAUGGUUGGCAAUAAUAUGUUCAAUAAUAACUUUAACAAUAACGCUUAGUUUCUUAACGCAUAAAGCACAAUUAUUCGAUGAAAACCACACAAGACUUAAUAAACAAAACGUAUCAUUUAUUGGUAUAAAUAAAUUUCUCAGCGAAGUUUCAAAUGGUUGCAGUAAAUCUUUGUUAAUCAUCUGUUACUUAACUUUAUUACAACCUAUAUCGAAAAAGUUUAUGAUUCCAAAACUUUCGAAUCGUAUUUUCUAUGCGUUAAGUUUCUUUCACACCUUACUGAUAAGCGCAGCUUAUAUAGGAGGCUUAGCAGCAAUUCUGACAUUACCACAAUAUGAGCAACCAAUACGAACUCGACAAGAUUUGAUCGAUAGUAAAAUGGAAUGGGGAACACACGAUAUGGCUUAUAUUUAUCCGAUUGCUAACUCAAAUCAUUCCCAAAUUAACAUCUUAUUAAAAACAUGCAGAGUAUAUGAUGAUGAGAAAUUACGAAAUUUACCUCCUCGAACAUUUGCAUAUAUUGUAGUGGCCCUCAGUGAUGGUAGUUAUAAAAUUCCUGAUUAUAUAUCUAAACAGGGCAUUAAAGCAUUACAAUUGAUGGAUCAAGAAAUUUUUAACUCAGCGAGUCAUGCUAUUUUUCGUAAGAGUUCUCCAUUUUUACUUAAAUAUAAUCAACUUGUGCGAAGAUUGACAGAAAGUGGUAUUAUUUAUCAAAUUAGAGAACAGCUGUGUAAAACAACUCCUUUGUGUGUUAUGGAAGGAGGAUAA